AUGUCUACCCGAGCAAGACUCAAUGAUUCCUUGGCAGAGCUCGAAUCCUCGAUCUCGCAUCAUUCGUCGAGCACCUACGAGAUCUAUAUCAACGGGGCUCAAGUGGACUUCUUAGCUAGAUUGAGAGCUGAUAACUGCCCCGGAGCAAGUCUGACAGAUUUCGAGAUAACGGGAUACAUCGGACGAGGGGGCUAUGGGAGAGUUUAUCGUGCCAGGACCAAGGACGCGGAGGUCUGCGCACUCAAAGUGCAGCUCGUGAGCGCGCAAUCUCUCCGAGAGAAGACGCUGUCAUACGCGUUCGAUUCGCCUUUCAUCGUAAGAGCGUUGUUCGCUUUCCAGGACGCCCAACUAUUGUAUGUAGCGUCUGAAUUCGCCGACUAUGGUGAUCUCAAGACGCACUCGAUGGCCAUCCGCGAUUUCGGCUCUGACGAACUAGUCAGACUCAUAGCCGCUCAGGUUGUUCUGGCUUUCGAAUAUAUGCACUCCUGCAAUCACGCUCAUGGUGAUCUGAAACUCGAUAACGUACUUCUGUUCAAGAAUGGAUACAUAAAGCUCUGUGAUCUGGGCGUCACUCAAUCUGUCUUCGAUGAAUCCUACGUGUUUGAGGGAGAUGAUGAACACUUGCCGCCGGACAAGCUAAACGAGAAGCUCUGCAGAAUCUCUCCUGAAUGGUCGGGACUCGGAACUUUCAUUAAUAUACUGAUACCGAGAGGAGAGAGUCAGAUCACUUACCCAAGGCCUACAUUCGGUACCGACUGCGUGGAUCUCUUGAAUCAAUUGGCUAAUCGGGAUCCAAGUCGCAGAAUCGGCUUUGCGACGCAAGUCAAAAAUCACGCCUGGUUCAGAAGUGUCGAUUUUGUGAAACUCUUCUACCAGACGAUUCCGAUGGUAGACAAACUGCCUCCAGGUUUGGAGCACCCUCAGAUUCGUCCGACGAACGCCGUGGAUCUCACAGAUUUGAGCGAGUGA